AUGGCUCUCGUUUUCUUCCACUCGCUCUUUCACCGAGUCGUGUCACGGUGGCCGCUGCUACUAUGCGCGGCAAUGUGGACAGUUCUCUUAACGCUAGCCGUGGCCGUGGCAUCCUUCGGCCCGGAGAUUGCUUUCGUGUCGGCGAUAUCUCCUUCUUCGUCAUUCUCAAAGCCAUGCAAGGGUGACCGAUUUCUGAGGAUCCCUUUGGAUAAUCCCUCGGAAGUGAUGUGCUUCCCGACUCACUUCGUGAGGAGGUCCAAGUUUGACUUUUUCCUUCCGACAGUGUUUGCAGCUCUUGUUGUGUCUGGUUCGGCUUGCAUGGUUCGAAACUGCAUUGCUUCACAAAAUUGA